AUGUAUAAGAAGAACAAGACAAUCAAUAAAGAUUUUUUGCUUUUGGGGUUUGAGAAUAUUCAAAACUUCAAAGGUUUACUCUUUUUUUUGUUCUUCAUUCUUUAUUGUUUGACAAUAAUAGGAAAUCUACUGAUUAUCUUUUUAGUAUGUGUGAGUUACCAAGUACAAUCACCCAUGUAUUUUCUACUUAGUCAUUUGUCGGCCUCAGACAUUCUGCUAACAAGCACUGUUAUUCCAAACAUGUUACGUGUUCUACUGGAAGAAGGGAGUUCAAUUCCUGUUAAGAGCUGCCUCACCCAGUUUUAUGUAUUAUGCAUUUCAACUAUUGCAGAGUGUUUUCUUCUCAUGAUGAUGUCUUAUGAUCGAUACCUGGCUAUCUGUAGUCCGUUACGCUAUACUUCAAUUAUGGACAACAAUCUUUGCCUCUCCCUUGCAAUCGUAUCUUGGAUUUUAGGUAUAACGUUACCUUUAAUUGCAGUCAUUCCUGUAUUUAAAUUAGUUUUUUGUGGUGCCAAUAUAAUCGACCAUUUCUAUUGUGAUUUUGCCCCAUUAAUGGAGCUUUCUUGCUCAGACACUUAUCUAGUAGAAAUGGAAGUAUUUAUGUCUUCUAUCCCUACCGUGAUCAUUCCAUUCAUUUUUAUUACUGUAACUUAUAUCUACAUAUUUUUUACUAUCAUUAAAAUACCAUCCACCACUGGAAGAAAAAAGGCAUUUUCAACGUGCAGUUCUCACCUGGCAGUUGUAUCUGCUUAUUAUGGCACAUUAAUUAUUAAAUACAUGGUUCCCUUCAGAGGACAUUCAAAUGACUUAAAUAAAGCGGUGUCUCUUCUAUACACAGUGUUUACUCCAUUGUUUAAUCCAAUAAUAUAUAGCCUGAGGAAUCAAGAUAUUAGGAUAGCUAUGAAAAAGCUAUUUAUAACAAAGAGCUAA